GGAGCAGGUGUUUCCCCUGGCCACCCGUAUGUGUUCAAGAUUCUCCUAACAGAGGUAGUAAAAGAAUACACAUCAAUGCAAGAAGCAAUUCUUGGAGUAGUUAACAACCCAGAUGUUGAUAGGAUGGCGCAGGAAAUGAAUCGAAAGGUAAAUAUGCUGUAUGCAUCUUCUAUAGACUAUGCCAUUCUAGUUUCCAUGGGUGUACCUUUGUGUGGCACUAGUCAACAUAAGAAUAGUUUAUUUCUGGAGAAUAGGUUUAGAGUUCAACAACAAAACUGUCUUCAACUGAUAAACAUAACAUUUUUACUCUUAACAUUAAUAUUUCUAAGACAAGCAUCUGCAGAAACAUGAAGAAAUAUGAAUCUGCUAUAAAAUAAGUCUGCACACACUUGAAUAAUGCAUCUUAAAUGCAUGCCUAUAACAACAUGCCUGUUAUUCAUUUUUAUUUACCAGGCUGUACAAGGGCAAGUAGUGUCACAGCAAUUGUGUUCUUUGUUUUCCAACAAACUGCCAGCUGCUUUUGAGGAGAAACCAGUGUAAGUCCCUUUGAAAACAUUGAAGCCUGUCAUUUACACACAUAUGACAUAACCUACAUUUAAUUUAGUUUACUUUGUUAAAUGCCACAAGACACAUCUAUUAUAACAAUGCAAUUGUCACAUCUUUAGUUGAAAUUUCUUUCUGUUCAUAUAGGGUAUCACGCCUCAUCUGUUUGUUGGUAGCAGUGGAAAGUCGGCGAUAGUCGAGCCAUUCUUGGAGGGAAAGUUUGUUAAAUAUAUAGGGAAUGAGAUGCUUCAGGUAGAGGACGAUGAUGACGAAAACAGUAUGCUACAUGCUGUUUUAGCGCUAGCCCAUUACGCGCAUGAUUUGACAAAGGGCAAAUUAAUAUUGACAGAUCUCCAAGGAGUUGGCAAAUUGCUGACGGACAUUGAAAUUGCAACGGAUGAGAUGGUUGGUGAAGAUGGAAGCCUGCUCUUUGCUGCAGGAAACUGCUCAAAGGUUGCAAUUGCAAACUUCGAAAUGACGCACAAGUGCAAUGAAAUUUGUACUGAAAUUGGUUUAAAAGGGAUGAUGUGCAAGCCCCAGAGUGAAACAGAUGUUGGAAAUGUUGACAGUCAGAUGAACAAUAUGAAGAUUGCAAUAUUUCAAACCAUUCAGCAAGGAUUACUUUGGAUUCGGAAACACAAAAAUGAACUAAAAGGAACAGUUUCAGUGCCACGACCACGCCACUCACAAAUAUUGGCGCUCUGUGCUCAUAAUAUAAAUUCUGAAGUUGAUAUAGAUCGUGAACUAGCUGACAUCACAGCUUUUUCAUUUAACAACAGGUGUGAUAUGGAAAGAUUUUUGAAGGAGAUGCAUGAUGAUGCCAUGUUUGCAUUAAAUGUAAUAUUGAAACCAGAUGAGCCUGUCAAAAAUUGAAUGGCCUCUUAUAGGUAUCAAUCUAAUCAAUGGGCAGCCCACGUGACCGGUCAUGUGAUUCAUUAGAUU